GGCUUUAAAAACCACUUGUUUGAAACGCAUUUCCUGAUUUGGUUUGCAAUCGGAUUCAGUUGAUUGAAAAUGAUAUUCAUAAUGUUUUCAGCGACCACAUGGACUUUGCUGGCUCUCUUUCUAACCCUGUUAUUACUAUAUGGAAUUUGGCCAUAUAGGUUUUUCAAAAAACUGGGAAUAUCAGGACCAAGGCCUCUGCCUUUUAUUGGAACAAUGUAUGGUGGAAUUAAGGGCAUCGUUCGUUUUGACUAUGAGUGUCAGGCCAAGUAUGGAGAUGUCUGGGGAUUGUUUGAGGGACGACAACCAACGUUGAUGGUUUCAGACCCAGAGAUUGUCAAAACUGUGUUGGUGAAGGAAUGCUACAGUGUGUUUACAAACCGCAGGGAUAAUCUUGAAUCAGGUGGACCACUGGAUGAUGCAGUUAGUGUAGUUAAAGAUGAAAGAUGGAAACGAAUUCGCAGCACACUCUCUCCAUGCUUCACUAGUGGGAGACUGAAACAGAUUUUUCCCAUUGUUGCCACAUAUGCUGAUCGACUUGUUCAGAAACUUGGAAAGACAAAUCUGGAUGAGUCCGUCGAUGUCAAACAAUUUGUGGCACCUUACAGUUUGGACACUGUAACGAGUGCAUCUUUCAGUGUGGAGGCCGAUACCAUAAACAAUCCUGAUGACCCUGUAAAUGUUCAAAUCAAGAAGGUUCUGAACAUGAACCUUUGGCCUUUUCUUUUAAUGAUGAUCUUUCCUUUUUCUGGUCGUCUGAUGAAGCUCCUUAAAAUUGAGAUAUUCCCCAGAGCAAGUGUGGAGUUUUUCUUCAACAUCAUCAAGAGAUUUAAAGACCAGCAUAACGCAGAGGAAUCGACACGUGGAGAUUUCCUGCAGGUGAUGAUUCAGAAUGAGAUUCCAGAAAAAGAUAUAAAGAAUGAACAUGAGCAGCCAAGUAAAGGUUUGACUGAACACGAGAUCCUUUCUCAGGCCUUCGUCUUCAUCUUUGGUGGCUAUGAGACGACCAAUGUCACCCUGUCUUACAUCCUUUACAAUCUGGCCACAAACCCUGAUCCAAUGAAAACUUUGCAGGAAGAAAUCGAUGCCAAGCUCGAGAAAGAUGCCUCUAUUACAUAUGAGGACCUGAAUAAUCUGCAGUACCUGGACCAGGUCAUUUGUGAGUCGAUGCGGGUGAUUCCCACUGCACCUCGUCUUGAGAGAAUGUGCAAGAAGACUGUGCAGAUCCACGGACUCACCAUCCCUGAAGGAACCCUGGUUGGGAUUCCUGUACACAUGUUACAGAAGGACCCACGCUUUUGGAACUCACCUGAGCUUUUCAGACCAGAGAGGUUCAGUAAAGACAAUGAGAGCGAGGUGAACCCGUAUGCAUACAUGCCAUUUGGCCUCGGCCCUCGUAACUGUGUUGGGAUGCGGUACGCAAUCCUCGUCGUGAAGGCGGUUGUUGCGCGUCUGCUGCAGAACUACACUGUGGAAACAUGCAAAGACACCAUGAUUCCUCUGCAGUUUGACUGGAAGUUUCAACCACUUAAGCCUGUAAAGCUCAAGUUUGUUCCCAGAGAGAAGUGAUCCAAGAUGGAAAAGCUCCAAAUGUAAUCUAUACAGAGAACAAUGCUCAAUCAAAUGUGUCUUAUUUUUUUAUGUAUUUUUCAGUAUUUCUGUCUCAAUGUUCAAGACGUAGAAAUUCUUGUAAAAUUUUAAAUAUCUUUAUUAUAAAACACUUCAAUUUACAGUUUUCACUUUUUCUUGAUGUCUCAAGGUGUAUGCAUUUAAAUGUCAAAUGUCAGGAUAAAAAUUUUCAGUUGUGCAGGUGAGAGAAAUUUUAAAAUAAAAAAUGAACACAAAUAUAAUCCAUUCACCUGAUUAUAUAGGAUAAAUUGUCUCGUCAUGAGCCCUCUGCUGUGUUUUUCAGUUGAUACUGUAAGUGCAGAAAAAUGCUAGAAUUCCCAUGAAAGGUAUAAAGACAAAAGACUUAAAUAUCUUUACUCUGUGACUGUUUUCAUGUGUUAAGCUUCACUUUAAACCAGUUCUAGAUGAUGCACAUUGUAUUUCAUUGUUGUCUGAUACUGGUUUGGGCCUUGGACCUUUUGCACCUAUGUCUGUCAACCCCUGUGAGUUUGUACAAAUCGUCGCGUCUUUGCCUUGGUUUCUGUUCAUUUUCUUCUCAGUUUGUCUGUGAUGCUUUGUUUGAAUGUACUGCUUAUUAAAACCUUUUUUUUGUUCAUUAAAACCUAUUGGUUUGCAAACUUCA